AUGUUUGAAAAACCAGAAGGAAUUGAAAACUGUCGGAUCUGGAUUGACGGGUGUUUUGAUUUUGCCCAUCAUGGACACGCAGGAGCAAUGUUGCAAGCACGGCAAUUGGGUAAAGAGCUCUAUGUUGGAGUUCACUCUGAUGAGGAGAUACUCGCUAAUAAAGGGCCCACGGUUAUGACGCUAGAAGAACGAUUAACCGCCGUUGAUGCGUGUAAAUGGUCAACUAGGGCGAUUGCCAAUGCGCCGUAUGUCACUGAUCCCAAAGUUAUGGACGAAUAUGACUGUAAAUAUGUUGUCCAUGGAGAUGAUAUAACCACCGAUGCUAAUGGGGAAGAUUGUUACCAAUUGGUUAAGGAUUUGGGUCGCUUUGUUGUAGUUGAAAGAACCCCAAAUAUAUCUACUACGGAUUUAGUAGGACGGAUGUUGUUGAUGUCAAAGAAUCACCAUUAUCCUGAUUUGAACAAAAAUUGGAAGAAAUUGUUAACUGAGGGGAAUUUGGAUAGAUUUAGAAAAUACGCCACGGAUGAAACUGGGUUGAAUUUGGGAUCUAUAGUCUGGUUGAACACUGUUGAUGGAUUAAAUGUUAUAGUAGAGCCUAAAAGGGGAGAAUUUGAUGCAAACCAGAAACUAGUUUAUAUUGAUGGUGGGUUUGACUUGUUUCACCCAGGUCAUAUAGAAGCCUUAAAAACCGCUUAUCAAAAAGCAAGAGAAUUUAGUGGUAAAGUUAUAGUUGGCAUCCAUGAUGAUUUAACAGUUAAUCAAUACAAGGGGUUAAAUUAUCCAAUCAUGAACAUUUUUGAAAGGUCAUUAUGUGUGUUGCAGUGUGGCUAUGUUGAUGGAAUAGUAUUAAAUGCACCCUAUAUACCAACCAUGGACUUUUUAUCAAAACUAGGAAAUGUCAUAAAAGUGUAUCAUGGACCUACCGAAAUUGACGCAGAUGAAGUAUACAAUAAGGUUAAGCAAGAGUUUGAAUUUUUACCAAAACAUAAAUACGAUAAUAUUAAUACCGAAGUUAUUGUGAAUAGAGUGUUGAAGAAUAAAGCUGCUUAUGAAGAGAGACAAAAAAAGAAAGGUUGGAAGGCGAAUAUAGAAAAAGUUUUGGAAGCUAAUGAGAGAAACCUUAGAGAAAAGUCGCGAGCAGGAUAA